UCCACCCUGCGCGACUUCGGCCUGGGCAAGAAGUCCCUGGAGCAGUGGGUGACCGAGGAGGCCACCUGCCUCUGCGCCGCCAUGGCCGACCAGGAGGGACGCCCCUUCAGCCCCAACUCGCUCCUGAAUAAAUCCGUGGGAAACGUGAUCGCCUCGCUCAUCUUUGGGCACCGCUUCGAGUACGACGACCCGAGAUUCAUGAACAUAGUGAACAUGAUGGAGACCGCGCUGAAAGAGGAAAACAUUUUUCUUCAGCAGGUGCUGAACUCCAUGCCGGUGAUCCUGCACAUCCCGGGGCUCGCGGCCAAGAUACUGGAGGGACCGAAGAUCUUCAUGAACACGCUGGGGGAGAUGAUCGCGGAGCACAGGCUGGGCCGGGACACAGACCAGCCGCCCCGGGACCUGACUGACGCCUUCCUGGACCAGGUGGAGAAGGUGAGCAGUGGGCCGUGGCCAGGCAGGGGAGACCACGGAGGUGGGCCUGUGUGUUGCCUGAUUCAGUGGUCAGGCACCUGCUUCCUCUUCUUCACCCGCCUCCUGCAGCGCUUCCGCUUCUCCGUGCCCGCGGGACAGCCCCCGCCCAGCGACUAUGGUGUCUUUGCCGUGCUGGUCACCCCCGCCCCCUAUCAGCUGUGUGCGGUGCCCCGCUAGAGGUGCCGCCUCCCGCACCGCCCUGUGCGGGGCCCCCGCUGCCCAAUAAACCAGCCUUGGCCCCCUC